AGAGAAAAAAAAAAAAGACGGCCAAGGGCGAGUUGCUAACUCGGUAAGCCAUCGGCGAUGACUAGAGGAUCCGAUCCGAAACCGAAAUGUUUGAUUUUUCUUCGAUCGGAACCCUAGGUCCCAUCUAAAUCUUAUAACCGAAGCAAUCAAUUCGGUCAAAAUCUUCUUUCCCCCAAAUGCCAUAAUUUAUCACCUCCUUCUCUUUCCCGGAAAUUUCAGUGUCUGAUGUAUGGCUCUAUUUCUUUUCUUCUAGGAUCUUAUAUUACGCCGAUCUUCUGAAUCAGACACUGUAAUCUUCUGCGCCUGCUGGGAUUAUUUGCAAACGGGAGAGGGGGAAGGUUCAAAUUUUGAGGGUUUCUUAUCAUUUUUUUUUUUGUACAGAUUGCAUAGGUCUUGCAACAGUUGUACAACGGUCUUUAUUGAUUUGUGUUCGUCUUGUUCAUACACAAACCACAAUCUCGAAUUUGCUCCAGGGUUUUCAUUACUUGUUCUUUGAUGUUAUUGGUUACGAUGCAAUCCAAACUCUCGGUUGCUCCAGCAAUUGAUUUGAUCCCAAACCUUAAACCUCCUCACAGAACUUUGCGUUUUCACCAAAUCUUAGUUUUAAUCAUCACCUUCUUUGCAUAUGCGUCCUUCCACGCCUCGAGGAAACCUCCGAGCAUCGUUAAGAGCGUGCUUGGACCAACAAUACAGCUAAAUUCGUCAAGCAUUUUGUUGAAUUCGACUUCAAUUGAGUCUGGUUUGUCCUCAAAUGGAACUGGGUGGGUUCCUUUUAACGGCCCUGAUGGCACCCAGUUGCUCGGGGAGCUUGAUCUUGCAUUUCUUUCUGCGUAUUCCCUUGGAAUGUAUUUUGCAGGACAUGUUGGUGACCGGAUCGACUUGAGGUUAUUUCUUGUUUUUGGGAUGAUGGGUAGUGGUAUUUUUACGAUACUAUUCGGGCUAGGAUACUGGCUAAAUCUUCAUGUAUUGUGGUUUUUCGUUAGUGUUCAGAUUGUUUGUGGUCUAUUUCAGUCAAUUGGAUGGCCAUGUGUGGUGGCAAUUGUAGGAAAUUGGUUUGGGAAAGCAAAGAGGGGACUGAUAAUGGGGAUUUGGAAUUCACAUACUUCGGUUGGUAACAUCAUCGGGUCGAUUGUGGCUUCUGGGAUUUUGGAAUUUGGAUGGGGUUGGUCCUUUGUGGUGCCUGGAGCUUUGGUGAUUUUCGUCGGCAUUUUGGUGUAUCUGUUCCUAGUUGUAAGUCCAGAAGACAUUGGAUUUGAAACCUCUGUUAACGAGACUGAAUUGAACACAGAGGUGAAUCCAGUUGAAAAAUUGGUGAAUCCAGUUGAAAAAUUGGAGAACUCGGUGGAAAAAUUGGAGAAUGCAGAUUCAGAGGAAGCAGUGCUGCUUGAUGUUCAUGUUGAGGAUUCAGAUUCUCUUGUUGUUAAUGUUGAGGAUUCAGAUUCUAUGGCAGCGAUUGGUUUCUUGGAGGCAUGGAGGUUACCGGGUGUUGCACCAUUUUCCUUUUGUCUAUUCUUCUCGAAGCUGGUUGCUUACACUUUUCUCUACUGGUUGCCCUUUUACAUCAGGCACACAGCUGUUGCUGGUGUGCACUUAUCUCAUAAAAUGGCUGGCAUCCUCUCAACGGUUUUCGAUGUCGGAGGUGUCUGUGGUGGAAUAUUAGCCGGAUUAAUCUCCGAUUUGAUUGAUGCUCGUGCAGUUACUUCAGUAACAUUCCUGCUACUCUCAAUCCCUGCUCUAGUUCUCUAUCGUGCUUUUGGGAGCAUUUCCACAGUCGCCAACAUCUGUUUGAUGUUUCUUUCGGGAUUACUCGUCAAUGGCCCAUACUCGCUUAUUACAACAGCCGUUGCAGCUGAUCUCGGCACCCAGAGUUUGAUUGGAGGAAAUUCCCGAGCUCUAGCAACGGUGACCGCGAUCAUAGAUGGCACUGGGUCUGUUGGGGCAGCUCUUGGCCCUCUAAUGGCAGGAUAUGUUUCCAGUAGAGGAUGGAACAGUGUCUUUUUCAUGCUGAUUCUUUCCAUCUUCUUUGCCGCUCUCUUCUUGGUUCGUUUAGCGAAAACCGAGAUCAAAGGAAAGUUGAACGAAGGACGAUGGUUUUCCAAUAGCGAGACCCAGCUACAGUGAAUUAAGAUCAUCUAAAAGGAGAUUUUGAUAUUCUGUUUACAGUUUAGAUCAGUGGAUUUAUCAUUUCUGAUAGAAAGUACAUUGACAUUUUUUCCUUUUUUUUUUCGGGGUAUUUGUAUAUCUUUGUAUCCUAUUCAUUUAUACUCCUUAGAAAUAUUCAUGUACCAUACACCACAGUAAUUGAGCGUAGAAUACAAACAAUAUUCA